AUAUGACAGCUAUGUAACGUUCUGUUUAUGCCUGAGUCCUUUCAGAUAAUGUAUGCAUACCCAGUUUUACGAAGAACCUCUGAGGGUCGACUCCUUAUGGGGCCAACUGAGGAGGCCAAUAGAAGGGAGAUCGUGUUGGCAGGGAGGGCCAGGAGUAAGGAGGAGGUCCUGGCUGAGGCCACUGCCUUUGUGAGGCAGAAUGGAGGGAAUCCUGGAGACCAGUUCCUGGUUCUGGCUCACUGCAAGAUCCAGUUUGGGAAACACCAGGGUCAGAGGUUCCUGUGGCUGCUGGAGAACUCACUGGGGUAUGCCUGCUAUCUGGUCAGCAGCAUUUUGAGGGAGGAGGAGAGGGACAACCCGCUGUCGGCCAACAAACACCUGUUCCUCAGAUACACCUCGCAGAUCAGGGAGGUUGGCGAUGCUGUGGAGGUGUAUCAGAAAAAACAGGCCAUGCUGCUGGAGGCCCAGAGGACAGGAGACUCUGGAUGUCUGAUGGUGGAGUUUGGGGAUUUUAAGGGUAGGUCAAUGAAGGAGGUGUAUGAGGACCCAAGCAAGGAGGCUCAGGCUCUCAUCACCUACCUGAAGAAGGCAAAGGCCAGGCCUAACACUAACAUGGCCCUUUUCAAAGCAUACGUGCUGAAGAGGCAGGCUCCAGCCCACAUGCCCAGCACCACUGUGCCCGUUGCAUCUGUCCCCACUGCUGCUGUGCCCACUGCCACUGUGUCUGUUCCUCCUCCACCUACUGCCACUAAGAACAGGCCUCUGCCGGCAACCAAUGUGAAGGCCCUGUUGGCGCGGGGGAAGCAUUUAUCUGCUUCACUGCUGGCACAAAAGAUUUUGUCUCCAGCCAAACCCUCUGCAGGACCACGUGUACCUCCUGCGUCUGAGUCCGCAGCCCGGAGACAGCUCUUUACAUGUGACUCUGCUGCUAUGGAUUUUUUUGAGGAGGAAGAUGACCUGGAGAUGGCAACUGUAGCCUCGCAAGCUGAGGAACAACUUCCUCAAGAGGAAUGGCACUUCUCAGGUGUCAAUCUACAUUCACUCUUUGAGUGAACAUCCUCAAAGGAAAAAAGAGAAUUUAAAGGUCCACUGCAGGCUCGAGAGGCCCUGCUCCUGCUCCUGCUCCCGCUCCUGCCCCCUAUCCUGCUCCUCCAGCAUUGUGGACCCCUGG